AUGGAUGCUCAGACUAGACAGCACUAUUUGGCUGACUCGCCGCCUAGUGUUGUAAGACUUGAGAUCAAGCAGCAUUUCGAGGCUUUGAAGGAUGAGAGCUUAAAGCGUUAUGCCCAUUUUAUGAGCAGAGCUGCGUUUCAAGGUACUCGAAUUACCUUGCGUCAAGUAUCCCCCGAAUCAGAGCCUAUCUACGACCUAAUCAUCUCGCUCUACAAAGCAGCUGCCGGCAACUGGCACUCGCUCGCAGAAAAGACCGGCGUAGAAUCCCAAGACUUACAAUAUUUCCUCGAAUACGCGGCGCAAUUCCUCGGCAAUUGUGGCAACUACAAGGGAUUCGGAGACUCCAAAUUCAUCCCCAGACUUAGUGUUGAUGCUCUCAAGAACCUUGCAUCUAUCACACCGGAAACACAAGCGGCCUUUGAGAAGGCGAAUGGCACUGGUGGUGGAAUCUACGAGACAAGCAAUGUCGGUCUGAUGCAUUUGGGUUAUCCUGACAAAGGCCACAUGACUACCUAUUACCCUGAUUCUCCCCACAUCACCAAGGAUGAGAUCACGGCCGUAGGAGACUUUUUGGAGAAAAAAGGUCUUCCGAUCGAAAAUACAAGACUGCGCAAAACUGCAGAGGGAAAUUUCGAGCUUCUGAUUGCCUCGGGUCUCUCUUCUCCUCCAGCUCGGGAUCGGGAUUUGGGAGAGGAAGAUUCUUGGGUGUUGGAGGGAGGGGCGGUUGCUGGUAAAAAGCUCAGCCUUGUGUUCGGUGACUAUCAGAAUGAAAUGGCCAAGAUUGCCCAUAGUAUCAAGCAAGCCGAAUUGAAUGCUGCCAAUGAAACACAGAAGAAGAUGUUGGAGCAAUAUGCCAAAUCGUUUGGCACCGGAUCCAUUGAAGCGUACAAGGAAAGUCAACGCCUUUGGGUCAAGGAUCAGAAGCCCGCAGUUGAGACGGACUUGGGCUUUGUGGAGACCUACCGAGAUCCCCAUGGUGUCCGAGGAGAGUGGGAAGGGUUUGUCAGUAUGGUCAAUCUGGUACGCACAAGGACAUUCAGUGACCUUGUAAACGGUGCAUCACAAUAUAUCGUUCGCCUGCCAUGGGACAAAGAAUUUGAGAAAGACAAAUUCCUAAGCCCGGAUUUUACAUCCCUAGAAGUCUUGACUUUUGCUGGUUCCGGUAUUCCAGCUGGAAUUAAUAUUCCUAAUUACGAUGAUAUUCGCCAGAAUCUCGGCUUCAAGAAUGUGUCACUGGGCAAUGUUCUAAGCGCAAAGGCACCAAACGAACCAGUUCCGUUCAUUGCCGAGAAAGAUUUGGAAAAAUAUCAGAAAUAUCGAGACGAGGCAUUUGAGGUUCAGGUAGGCCUCCACGAGCUGCUUGGACAUGGUACCGGUAAACUCCUUCAGGAGACAGCUCCAGGGGUAUACAAUUUCGAUGUCAAAAACCCUCCCAUUAGCCCUAUUACGAAGAAACCCAUCUCAACCUGGUACAAGCCCGGUCAGACCUGGAGCUCAGUUUUUGGCGCUAUUGCUUCGUCAUACGAAGAGUGCCGUGCGGAAUGUGUAGCCAUGGCUUUGAGCUGCGAUUUCGAUAUUCUCAAGAUCUUCGGCCACGGAGACGGCGAGACAGAUAUUAACAAUGAAGCAGGUGACGUGCUCUACGUAGCAUACUUGCAGAUGGCACGAGCUGGAGUUGUCGCCCUAGAGUUCUGGGAUCCCAAGAGUCGUAAAUGGGGGCAGGCUCAUAUGCAAGCUCGCUACAGUAUUCUACGUACUUUUCUUGAUGCAGGAGAUGAUUUCGUCAAGCUGGUACAUACCAAGGAAGAUCUGUCUGACCUUGAAAUUCACCUGGACCGUUCCAAGAUCCUUAGUCAUGGCCGACCGGCGGUUGAGAAAUAUUUGCAGAAACUCCACGUCUACAAGUCUACAGCCGAUGUGAUUGCCGGUACACAGCUUUACAAUGAUAUCACCUCUGUCGACGACUGGUGGGGAUCCAAGGUACGAAACAUUGUGCUGCAGAAGAAGGUACCCAGGAAGGUGUUUGUACAGGCAAACACCCAACUUGAAGGCGACAAGGUGGUGUUGAAGGAAUAUGAACCGACUCUCGAAGGCAUGAUUCAGAGCUAUGCUGAACCUCUCUGCGAGCCUAGCCUUACUCACUUACCCCUUAUCAGAAGUUCACCACGCAAAUUCAGACCCGAGCUCUUUGACUCAGAAAAUAAAACAGCUUUGACAAACUCAUACAAGACCGGUGGCACGCCCCAAACGGCGCUGCCUUGUUUAGAAUCUACUGCCACCGUGGAGGACUUUUCGUACACAUCCCCCCCAGCUCUCCCGCCUCUCUCGGAGGCCUCCUCGUCAUCAUCCCAGGCCUCUACUCGACCCCCGCCCUUCUCGUCGCUGUACAUUGAACCAGAUUCAGAAGUCAAUUGGACCAAAGGAGCUGUAACUGAGGCCGCAGGUGCCUCGUCCUUACCCGCGUUCGCCCCUCCGCCAUCACCGUCGCUAUUUCUACCGCAGGUACCUCCAUCAGAAGACGUAGACGAAUCUUCUUCUGUUGUCGCGGAUACUAAAGCUGCACUUGAGAGUGUAGAGAAGAAGGGCGAGUCGUCUGGGAAGACUACAGACGAUAGAGAACCUCCGCCUCCUUAUACGGAAGGUUACAGUCCUCUUCAGUCGUUCUCGUACGUCAUGGCAGCUGCAGGUGGUGCUGCGAGCAUCAUUACUCAGGUCCAACAGACGGGCGGUCCUCCAAUAAACACUCUAGGAGACGUAAACGGAGAUGAGCACAUAACGCUAGAUCUCAGGGGCACUCGUUUUACACUUUCUCGAGAUGAGUUGCUGACACUCCCGGAGUUCGUGUUGCUCUCUUUGUUCCCUAAUGGCCUACUUCCCGAUGGCCAGAUGGGUGGCUUCCAUGAUGGUGAUAUCUAUCCUGUAGAUUACGAUCCAAAUUCGCUCCAGUACAUGUUAGACUUCUUUCGCACUGUCGCGCAAUCAAUCCCGUCUGCAUCCCCUUCCCCUUCUGGCUCCCCCGAUAUGGAUGCAAGCGAUUCAAUGUACAGCUCAACACGAGACAUGCUACAAGACCGGGCAGGCAUAAUUGUGCUCCGAGAAGAUCUUGACUUCUAUGUUAUCCCACCACGACCCAACAUAGGGCAAGCUGAAAUGAUGACUGUCAAACGUGCUGCGGCCCAAGUCCUCCUGAGACAGGAUGGGAUCUUCUCUGGUCUCCGGAAAAGCGAUGAAGUAGGCAGCACUGAACAGCAUCUAAUUGAGAUGUUGACUGCAGGCAGUGGCUUUAACCAUGAAGAUUCUUGGGGCCACCGAGCUCCAGAGCCUAACAAAGCAGUGAUUUGCAGUUUGGCAUUGGCAAAAUUGCGAACGGAUAUAAGGGGUGAUAUCAAUAGCAAUGCUUCGGUGGGCAUGGCCCAGAAGCUUUUACUUUUUUGGAGGAAGCCUGCUAGACGUUGUUGGUGGGAAGGUAUCGAGUUGGAGGACGUUGAUGGCGUGGAGGGGAAACUAAAAGUCUGGAUUCGCCGAGUGUGGACUCUUGAGAUGAGUGUUAUCGGUCUGAGAUGA